AGGAGAGAUUAUUUCAAUGCAAAAACGAGGGUGGCUCUGUUUAAGAAAUCACAAACAAAGACAAAACAAUAAUCAUUAAACUAAUAUUGUACACUUCUCAUGUUCUCUCAGCUGAAGACCUUGAGAAAACGUUUCACUUCCUCCGAAACCCACUGUUCCUCGCCCACUUCCUUGUUUCCUGGAUCUUUCACUUUCCGCCAACUGGGUUCUUCAUUUUCUCUAGAAAGCUUUUCGCUUUUUUCUCUUCUAUGAAAAAAAGUGUUGGCUUUUGAAAUAGAAAGUUCAGGUCUUGUUGUUGUAAGAAACAUGGAGAAGUUGAUAACGGAAGGGAGGUCUCUAGCGGAGACCCCAACUUAUACUGUUGCUUCUGUCGUUACAGUUUUGGUUUUUGUUUGUUUUUUGGUUGAACGCUCCAUUUAUAGAUUUGGAAGGUGGUUGAAGAAGACAAGGAGGAAAGCUUUGUUUGUUUCUCUGGAGAAGAUUAAGGAAGACUUGAUGUUGCUUGGUCUUAUAUCUUUGUUGUUGGCACAAUGGGCACGAGGGAUAUCUGAGAUUUGUGUAAAUUCAUCCCUUUUCACCAGUCGCUUCUAUAUUUGCUCUGAGAUGGAUUAUGACAUAAAAAAGAAUGUGUUGUUUGAAAGUACUUCCUCUUUCACAAAUGAGACUGGUAUUCCUCCAGAAGGACUAAACUCUCAUCCAUCACAUCAAUGUGGUGAGGGUCGUGAGCCAUUUGUAUCAUUUGAAAGUCUUGAGCAACUCCACCGGUUUUUGUUUGUUCUUGGCAUCACUCAUGUCCUCUAUAGCUGUCUGGCGGUUGGCCUGGCUAUGAGCAAGAUUUAUAGUUGGAGAAAAUGGGAAAACCAAGCCAGCAUCAUAGCUGAGGGAAGCUUGCAAGCAAAGAGAAACAAAGUAAUGAGGCGACAAUCUACCUUUGUUUUCCAUCACACAUCUCAUCCAUGGAGCAGGAGUCGAAUUCUCAUUUGGAUGCUUUGCUUUCUACGACAAUUUAGGAGCUCUAUAAAGAAGUCAGAUUACCUGGCAUUACGCCUGGGUUUCAUUACCAAGCACAAGCUACCUCUUUCUUAUAAUUUCCAUAAAUAUAUGGUUCGAAGCAUGGAAGAUGAGUUCCAUGGCAUUCUUGGUAUUAGCUGGCCGCUUUGGGGAUAUGCUAUAGCUUGCAUCUUUGUCAAUAUUCACGGGCUAAAUAUUUACUUCUGGCUCUCUUUCAUCCCUGCUAUUCUUUUGAUGCUGGUUGGGACAAAACUUCAGCAUGUUGUUUCCUCAUUAGCACUUGAAAUUAAGGAACAAAAUGGUCCACCUACUGGAGCUCAAGUCAAACCACGUGAUGAUUUGUUUUGGUUUGGAAAACCAGAGAUAUUACUCAGGUUGAUACAGUUUAUCAUUUUUCAGAAUGCCUUUGAGAUGGCAACCUUUAUCUGGUCAUUGUGGGGACUUAAGCAGAGGUCAUGCUUCAUGAAGAAUCAUUUUAUGAUAGUCUUCCGCCUAGUUUCUGGGGUUCUUGUUCAGUUCUGGUGUAGCUAUAUCACAGUGCCCCUGAAUGUAAUUGUUUCACAGAUGGGAUCCCGAUGUAAGAAAGCCUUAGUUACUGAGAGUGUAAGAGAAUCACUUCAUAGUUGGUGUAAAAGAGUAAAAGAGAAGUCUAAACGUGAAUCUGUGCACUUGCGUACUGCAAGAUCAGUGUGUUCACUCGAAUCAGUAGUUGAUGAUGAGAGGGAUGAAAUCACAGUUGCAUCCGGCACUUUAUCCAGAAGCUCUUCCAUGGAGUCACUAAAUCAAGUAACUAUAACAUCCUCGGAACAAUCAGAGGCCAUUCUCGGGACUUCCAACCCUACCCAAGGUGGAUACUCAUCACGGGUGGUGGAGUAUUUAUCCGAGUCUAUAAGCAUCAACGCAUCACCGCCUCUGAGCAUUGAUGAAGGCGAGAAUGGUGGCAUUGCAGAAGAAGAGAAGGUUGACACUCUGUAUGAGUUGUUUCAAAGGACCUGAAUGGUUUAUCUUACAUAGUUCAGUUUUCAUUUUUCUUUUACCUUUUUGCCUUUUUGCAACCAUAUAUUUGGCGAAACAGGUACUUAGAUUUUGAUGGAUCUACAAAAUGCUAAUUAAAUAGUAUCAGGUAGUGAACAAAUCUUUCUUCAAGCAAUUAACAAACUUGCUUGAGCACAGAAAUGAGUUAUGGUGGUUAUACAGCUUUGGGCGUUUUCUUUUCACCUGGAAAGCUUAAUAGCAGUAACUCACCCGCAAUUAACAAAAAAUGUUCUCAAUGCUUUUGCUUAUAUACAGUUUAUCUAACAACCAUGACCCUGAAAAUCCGGC